AUGAGUCAACAUCCGUCUUCAUAUAAGAGCGAUUACCUCAACAUAUAUGGCAAAGACGAAGAUCCACAUCGAGAAGCGCAAGGCAAAAGGAAACGUCCAAAACAUGAGCAGACAAGUUUGAGUACUUCUGAAUUUCUCCAGGAUACUCACGAUGCAACAUUAACUCCAAAUAUUCUUCUAGAACAACUAGCUUACGUAGAUAACUUCAUUCCUUCAUUGGACCAAGAUUUCGUCAACCUGGAUUCAUGGGUUCUAAACGAAUCCACGUCUUCAAGUGCAAAUAAUUUGAAUAAUUUCGGACUAGAUGAACAACUAGCCGUUGAAUUAAGUGCAUUUGCCGACGAUUCCUUCAUAUUUCCUGAUGAAGAUAAGGCUCAGAACCAUGAUGAUGGAAAUGAUAAUGACGCCGCUGAUGAUGAUAGUGAUCAUAAUAAUCAUAACAAUGUGAGCAACGGUAAAGAUAUCCGUAAUAAUGAUGCUUCUAAUAAAGAUGAAUUCAACGAUAACAAUGGAAUAAAUAAUGGUGAGGAUGAAAAAAAUAAAAGAAAAUCUCAUUUUUUGACCCAAAGAAGGAACACUUUCUUAACAUCCCAAUACGACCAUUCCAAAUCAAGAUUCUCCUGUAAAAACAGAAAAGAAAAUGUAAAUAAUAAUAACAACAAUCUCAAUAAUAAUGAAGGUUUCAUGAACAAUAUCGGUACUAUAACUGAAGAACCGUCAAAUUCAGGUAUAUCUCCCUCCCAGGAUCAUGGAAGUUUCACCAAUUUCGAAGUAGAAACAUCUAAUAUUGAUGAGCAAAUAAGAAGAGGAAGUCUCAAUUCUAAUGCUUAUCACCAACCUUCGAUUUUUUCUCCCUUGACAAACUUGGUAGCAACUAGCUCAUCUUUAUCAACAGUCCCCCAUGCACCAUCGGCAAUCGCACGCGAAUCAUCAACAUCUGUAUCCACCAUCGAAAUGCCAGAUUACUCUAAUAUUCCUACUUCAACAUUAACAUCAUUGUUACCUCGCAUUAAAGUUCCGCAAGGGGCAUACAGUGUAUUGCUCAAUCAUGGGUUACAGAAUGACCAAAUUGAUGCAAUUGCAGCAGUUAUUGCCUACUAUGAACAAGAAAAAUCAAAAAAUCCUCAUAAUUUUGGCCGCCAACGAGUCAUAAAAGACGAAGGUAAUAAUUUAUCUGUGCUAUUAAAGUUAUUAUUUGGGGAAUCCGUUGAAGAUCAAAAUAAAAUUCGUACCAAAGAAGAUGAAUCUCUGAUCGAAUCAUGGAAGCAAGAAACAAAAGAUUUUGAGAAUAAUUUUAUGAAAAAUAGAGCAAAUAACGAAGUUACACCGAUGGCAUCGCAAAGCCCCAUAGAGACUGAACCAAUCCAAACCAAAAAAGUAGAUACAAUACCCAUUAAACCACAUCAGAGGAAAAAAGUCAAGGAGAAGGAACUGGAAAAAUCUAUACAAGAAUUAAAUGAGCUUUCAGUGAAUCUGCAACAAAAAAUACAUACAUUGGAGAUGGAAAACAAGCUCCUCAAGAAUUUAGUUAUGAGUAGUGGAGAAAUUAAUGGAGCUGAAGCUGCCGAGCACAUAAAACAAAAUCUUCUCAAGAAAGCUACUGACGAUAAGUAA